ACAUAAGCCAACCCAAAUCAAUUCGUUGCCUACGACCGGGACACAUCCAUUCAUCCCACCAAAUACAACAAACAACAUUCAACACCAGCUUUUCUAUCCCUCCCAAGAAGGGGAAAAGCUGCGCAACAUGUGUACACGAUGACAUCCGAAGCAGCGUCGCCGAAGAGGCGACAUAUACUCUCAUCCUUAAACCAAGACCGACGAUCGGCAUCUCCUAAAAUGGACGAAGAAAUCCGUACGUCACCAGAAGCCCCACCAACAGAGCCGCAUCCUGAUAUCGAACAGGAUGAGGCAGAGGAGGCUACUACAGAAACAAGGGAGAGGAAACGGACUUCGCGAUUCCGAUUUAAAUCAGAGAAAAGUUCCCGAUCCCGACGCCACCGAUCACACGAUCGCGACCGUGACCAUAAUGACGCCGACCAUGAAGACGGCACCUCCCAUCGCCGGCACCGUCACCACCACAGACACCACCGCCAUAAACGGCGACGUACCCACUCCCCCUCUCCCCUUAAAGAACCCCAACGAGACCCCUUCGAGCCCCCACCCCUAGGCUCCGAAGCCGCCUUCCGUGAAUCCCUCUUCGAUGCCAUGGCCGACGACGAAGGAGCCGCGUAUUGGGAAUCCGUAUAUGGGCAACCUGUGCAUAUAUACUCGCCCACGCGCCCGGCGGCUGAUGGUAGUGGGGCGCUUGAGCAGAUGAGUGAGGAUGAGUACGCGGCGUAUGUGCGGCAGAAGAUGUGGGAGAAGACGCAUCAGGGGUUAUUGGAGGAACGGGCUCGAAGGGAAGAGAGGAAGAAAGAAAAAGAGGAGCAGGAGGAGGAGAAGAGGCGGUUGACUAGGGAGAUGGAAAGGAGUUUGAGACGAGGCGAGGAGAGACGGCGGAAGAGGGGAUGGAGGGAGAGGUGGGUUGAGUAUGGGGAGAAGUGGAAUGUGUGGGAUGGUACGCUGGAGGGUAUUGCUUGGCCAGUUAAGAGUGGGUUGAGAGAGGACGUCGGCGCUGAUGCGGUGAGGGACUUCUUCGUCUUGGGAAUUGAUCCUACGGAAGUAGGCGAGGCGGAGUUCCUAGCUAAGCUGAAGGAAGAAAGGGUUCGAUGGCAUCCAGACAAGAUCCAGCAGAAGCUUGGAGGAAAGGUGGAUGAUGCGAUUAUGCGUGAUGUUACAGCAGUUUUCCAGAUCGUGGAUAAGCUGUGGUCUGAUACCCGGGCUAAGAAGUUGUGAGGUCUUCACGAUCAAAGACUAGGUAAAAACACCUAGAGUAAUAGUGAUACAUUUCUGCCUCCUAAAUGUAUAGGACCCUAACGCAAUACAAGUCAAUAGGGACUUGGGGCUAUCCUAGAUACUCUAUGAACAUGAACAACAUCAGAAGAAGCACUAUUUGCUUAGA